AAACGCGCUUGGGUCAAACCAGUGUUAAACCCUUCGAGAUCAGCGAUCUGGAUUGUCAGACAUUCCAGCUACUGUGUGGGAGACGAACCAGACGGGAUCCGCUGCUCCGAGCUACAAUGAAACCCGCUACCUGUGUCGCUCAGCGGUGAAUCCCGCUGCGGUGGAUGGUGGUGGGCUGCUGGAUGGUCGCAGGGAACGGCGGCGGAACGCGGGGCUUCAGGUAGCGGCUCAAGGAGACUGCUGCGAUGCUACGUGGGCAUCUGGAAGAAAAGCGCUUUUCUGCUCUGAGACGCUGUGUGUGAGCCGCUGGAACACCGUCGACCCGGCUUUAGCUGGUGUAUUUUAGUCCUUGGAUUUAAUUUUUUUAAUAUAUUUUUAGGGAACCGCUGUUUUGGAAACGGUGAGCAUUUUACAACGAGCUGGUGAAGUUUUGGGGAAUGGCAGGUCGAAGUCGAAGAGCAUGGUUUAGUGUUCUGCUGGGUCUGGUUGUCGGCUUCACGCUGGCUUCCAGGCUCAUCUUACCCAAGGCGACUGAGCUGAAAAGAGCCGGACAGAAGCGCAAAGCAAACCCCGCCGCCUGCGGGCUCAACGGGGGUCUCAGAAAGGAACACGGAGGAGCACUGUGGGCACCGCAAGCGAACGGCUCGCCCACGACCGAGAAGCCGGACUCCAGCUCCAAAAAUUUCCUGUUCGUCGGCGUGAUGACGGCACAGAAGUACCUGAACAGCCGAGCCCUGGCGGCACACAGAACAUGGGCACAAACGAUCCCAGGUAGGGUUGAAUUCUUCUCCAGCGAAGGUUCCGAUACCUCAAUUCCGAUCCCGAUUGUGGCUUUGAAGAAUGUGGAUGAUUCCUAUCCACCUCAGAAGAAGUCCUUCAUGAUGCUGAAGUAUAUGCAUGACCAUUACUUGGACAAGUAUGAGUGGUUCAUGAGGGCGGAUGAUGAUGUCUACAUCAAGAGUGAAAAGCUGGAGGGCUUCCUGCGAAGCCUCAACAGCAGCGAGGCCAUCUUCCUGGGCCAGACGGGCAUGGGGGCCCGGGAUGAACUUGGGAAACUAGCCCUAGAACCUGGGGAGAACUUCUGCAUGGGGGGCCCGGGGGUCAUCAUGAGCCGGGAGGUCCUCAGGAGGAUGGUGCCCCACAUCCGGGAGUGUCUGGAGGAGAUGUACACCACCCACGAGGACGUGGAGGUGGGCCGGUGUGUGAGGAGAUUCGCCAAGGUCCAGUGUGUUUGGUCCUAUGAGAUGCAGCAACUCUUCUAUGAGAACUACGAACCAAAUAAGAAGGGCUACAUACGAGAACUCCACAACAGCAAGAUCCAUCGAGCCAUCACCCUCCACCCCAACAAGAAUCCUCCCUACCAGUACCGCCUGCACAGCUACCUGCUCAGCCGCAAGAUUGCAGAUCUGCGCCACAGAACCAUUCAGCUGCAUCGAGAAAUUGUGCAGAUGGGGCGGUAUGGGGCAGCAGAGCCUAGCCGAGAAGACCUCCAGCUCGGCAUUCCUCCUUCAUUUAUGCGCUUUCAUCCCCAUCAACGAGAGGAGGUCCUGGAGUGGGAGUUUCUGACGGGGAAGUACCUGUUCUCAUCAUCCGACAGCCAGCCGCCCCGCCGCGGUAUAGACUCCUCUCAGAGGCAGGCUCUGGAUGACAUCAUCUUGCAAGUUAUGGAGAUGAUCAAUGCCAAUGCCAAAACACGAGGCCGAGUCAUUGAUUUCAAAGAAAUCCAGUAUGGCUAUCGAAGGGCCAACCCCCUGUAUGGAGCAGAAUAUGUGCUGGAUUUGCUUUUGUUGUACAAGAAGCACAAAGGAAAGACCAUGACAGUUCCUGUGAGGAGACAUGCUUACCUUCAGCAGACGUUCAGCCAGAUCCAGUUCAGAGAGGAGGAUGAGAUGGAUGCCAGGGCUCUCGCAAGCCACAUCAAUCAGGAGUCCGACUCUCUGUCAUUUCUGUCCAACUCCCUGAAGAUGCUGGUGCCUUUUAAGCUCACUAAUUCAGGACAGGACCAGAGGGAGCCCAAAGAAAACAAAGUCAACAUCCUGGUACCUCUCUCAGGGCGCUAUGACAUCUUUGUACGCUUCAUGGCUAACUUUGAGAAAGUUUGUUUGAUCCCCAACCUAAAUGUGAAGCUGCUGAUUCUGCUGUUCAGCACGGACAACAACACUGAGCGGGUCAAGCAGGUUGAGCUGAUGAGAGAGUACCAUAUGAAGUAUCCCAGGACUGACAUGGAGAUAAAGCCCGUUGCCGGCUCCUUUUCAAGGGCUCUGGCUUUGGAAGUGGGCUCUCUGCAUUUCUCCAAUGAUUCCUUGCUCUUCUACUGUGAUGUGGAUCUUCUCUUUUCCAGUGACUUCCUAAAGCGAUGUCGGACCAACACCGCCUUGGGAGAGCAGGCUUACUUCCCUAUCAUCUUCAGCCAAUACGAUCCCAGGAUAGUGUACUCUGGGAAGGUCCCAAGCAACAACCACUACGUCUUCACCUCUAAGACGGGCCUGUGGAGGACCUAUGGUUUUGGGAUCGUCUGCGUCUAUAAGGGAGACUUGGUCCGAGCUGGGGGCUUUGAUACCUCCAUACAAGGGUGGGGUUUAGAGGACGUUGACCUCUAUAACAAAUUUGUCCAGGCAGGGAUCAAGCUGUUCAGAAGUACAGAUACAGGGAUAGUACACGUCCACCACCCGGUCAUAUGUGAUCCCAACCUGGAGGCGAAGCAGUACAAGAUGUGCCUGGGCUCCAAAGCUUCUUCAUAUGGCUCCACUCAGCAGCUUUCCGAGCUCUGGCUGGAGAAGAACGACCACGGCUUCAGGAGGCUGGCCAGCAAUAACGCUUCGGUCAGGACAGCAUGAUGAAAAGAAAUUGUUCGUGUUCACUUCUGCUUUAUAGCUCAGUUUUCAUCAUUAUUUAUUUUUACUGCAAUGAAAGAUUUCCUGUUGACAUAAUAAGGCCAUUUUACUGUAGGCAGCCUGGGCUCGUGUUCUUGAUCAUAGAAGGGACGUUAGUUGAAAUUAAACCAAAUGUGAGGCUCUUCUACACUGUGAAAUGUUCCAUCAGUACAGUGGAAAAAGGCGAGGACACAGCAGUUAUUUCUGUGUACCUCAGGAAAGUACACAGUCAUGCUCUUUAAAUAUUCUGUUUGUCUUGUGUGUACUUCACAGUACUUGGAGCAGAAUUCCCCUCCUGAUUAGGAAUGUUUACACAAGGCCGAGCCUGAACAUGAUCCAACUGAAACUCCAAUCAGAGCUCGAUAAAAACCAAGGAGCUGUUCAAUUACACUUCUUUAAUUUACAGUGUCUUUUUACCGGGGUUCUUCUUUGUUUUGGGUUAGAUGUUGUUACACUGUCACUGUUUUCCUUUUUUUAUAUAUAUCUUUCAGUUUAUUAUUAUUAUUUUUGUAAACCCUACUGCUGGAUUCUGCAAUUCACUAUGUGUUGUCUAAUUUAUUGAAUUUGCAGGCUGUUUUCUGCCUUCUGAUUUUUGAACAAUGUAUAUUGAAAAGAUUGUAUAACCGCAUCAAUAGUUGUGAAAUAGCCUUUUGUUUCUUCUUCUUUGCCUACCUAUUUUUAAACUUAUCACCAAAGAGUUCUGCAGUGUGCUUUAGAUGUCAUGUUGCCUGCGUGCGUGUGUGUGCGUGUGUGUUGGAGUAGCGUUCUGCAGGUGCAAACAUAAGGCCGGCUGUAUGAUGGAGUAAAGGCAAACGCUCCAUCUGUCCCAGGCCUUUCUAACAAUCUGAAGUGAGGGCUGCUCAGGUCGUCAUACAGCAUAAUAAAAUGGGAGCAGAGCUCUUGUCGGCCAUCUUAAGUCACACAUUGCUGUUCCUUUUUAUAAAUGACUUUGUUGAAAUAAAGUGUUGUGGCUCAUUCCUGCCCAUGUGGGUGUGUCUGCAGUUCAUGUCUGUUCUUUUGCAAUAUGAAAUAAACACCUAUGUUUGA